UAACGCAGAAACCUUGUUAGUUCUGUCACACAAUAGGAUUGUAACUUCUUAGCUUUCCGCUUGACAGGCGCGAUCUUGAGACGAACUUCCUUCUUCGUCUCCUAGUGCGUGCGCGAUGAACGAGGAAUACGACGCCAUUGUGCUGGGCACCGGCCUAAAGGAGUGCAUCAUUAGCGGGCUGCUGUCGGUAGACAAGAAGAAGGUGCUGCACGUAGACCGCAACAACUACUAUGGUGGCGAAUCCGCGUCGCUCAGCCUUACCCAGCUCUACGAGCGAUUCCGUGGUGGCGCCGCUCCGGCCGCGUCCCUGGGCGCCUCGCGCGACUACAAUGUUGACAUGGUUCCCAAGUUCAUGAUGGCCAACGGCAAGCUGGUGCGCGUGCUGCUGCACACCGACGUGGUCAAGUACCUGGAGUUCAAGGCGGUUGACGGCUCCUACGUGCUCCAGAAGGGCAAGGUGCACAAGGUGCCAGCCAACGACUCGGAGGCGCUGCGCUCGCCGCUGAUGGGGCUGUUCGAGAAGCGGAGAGCGCGCAACUUCUUCCUCUACGUGCAGGACUACGAGCCCUCCGACCCUCGCACGCACAAGGGUCUGGACCUGUCCCGCCUCACCAUGACCGACCUGUACCGCCAGUACGACCUGAGUGAGGACACGCAGGACUUCAUCGGACAUGCGCUGGCGCUGCAUCGUGACGACGGCUACCUGUCGCAGCCCGCGCUGCCCACCGUACUCAAGAUCAAGCUCUACCACGAGUCGCUGUUCAGGUACGAGGGCCUCAACUCUCCCUACCUCUACCCCCGCUACGGCCUGGGUGAGCUGCCGCAGGCCUUCGCGCGCCUGUCCGCGGUGUACGGCGGCACCUACAUGCUGAACCAGCCGGGGGUGGAGGUGCUGUACGACGAGAAGGGGGUGGCGGUGGGGAUCAAGAACGGAGCCGACGUCGCUCGUGCCAAGGUGGUGGUGGGCGACCCUUCCUACUUCCCCGGCAAGGUCCGGGUGGUGGGCAAGGUGGUGCGGGCCAUCGCUAUCAUGAGCCACCCCAUCCCCAACACCGACAACGCGCACAGCGUGCAGAUCAUCCUGCCGCAGAAGCAGACGGGUCGCAAGUACGACAUGUACGUCUUCUGCUGCUCGUACGCCCACAACGUGGCCAGCAAAGACAAGUGGAUUGCCUUCGUGAGCACCACCGUAGAGACCUCAAACCCUGAGGCUGAGCUGGCCCCCGGUCUGGCGCUGCUGGGCAAGACCGACGAGGUGUUCGUGGAGGUGCGGGACGUGUGCGAACCGCUGGCGGAUGGAACCAGCGACCAGUGCUACAUUUCCAAGGGCUACGACGCCACCACGCACUUCGAGACCACGGUGGACGACGUGCUGGACAUGUACCGCCGCAUCACGGGCCGGGAGCUGGACCUCACCGCAAAGGAGCCGGCCAAUGUGGAGGCGUAAAGGGCGAGUCGGCUUCAGGCGCCAGACUGCUGCUGCUGCUCCUGCCGCUGUUAUUAGGAGGUCCGCUUUUACCCCAGCAGUGCAUUCCAACGACUCACCGACAGCAGCAGCAGCGACAACACCGCUUCCUAGGCCACACUCCCGGAACGCUACACAAGGUGCUGUUGUAUCUUGUAUGUCGGCCUCGGCACGAUUGGACGGCAACAAGGGGGGGGGGGUACUCACGCUGGGCUUGCCGUCCUACCAACAUGUCUGCUGGAAUGGGUCGAAUGGUAUCGCAUUGAGGGAAGGAAGGGGUUGCGUUUUGUGGUGGGCUUGCGGAUGGUGGACGGAGCGGCAGAAGCGGGGAGCGGGGAGGAGGGUUUGACCCAUGGGUCUGUCGGUGCUCUCCACCGGUGGCGUGCGAGAGGAGCUGCUUUGGAAGGGAGGCUUUGAGGGUUUUCUCAAUGCUGCAAGGGAAGUGCGGUCAGCGUUUGGGGUUUGGGAAGGGGAUACCUGGUGCGUUGGUUGGGAUAUUGUGGAAGGGGUUUUCGUGGGGCCAUUAGCCCUAGACGGCGAGCGCGCUGGAGGCUUGACGUCGGUCACAUUGACGGAGGAGGUGAAGUGAUGCCGCAAGACUGCCAACGCGGCGAAGUGAGCUCAUUGGAUGGUGCGCCUUGUUAGCCCCAGGUUUCACCAGUUGUUUGUUGGCGGUUUGUUGCACACAGGCGCUAGCAGCUCUGUCUUGUGGAGUAUUGUACGGUAUAGCACGAGGAGUGCGGUACUUGAAGGUUUGCGGACAUGGCUGUCUUCAGCUAAUUACUCAUUCCCUAAGGGAUAUGCUGCCUUGUCCUGAUGUUGAUGGCUAAAGAUGCCGAGACUGCAGAGCAAGAUGCUGUCUUUGCAGCUGUACCGUACUGCACCGUGCACGUGUGAGAAGGUUGAAAGGGGUAUAAUGACUUCGCUCAUUACUUCUCUCCAACGCCAUGCACAUAUGCCGUUCGGGCCACCCAACCAUUAAACGCCCAAGCUAUAGCGGCCCUAAAGUCAUGAGUAUGAUUCAUCUGAUGGAGAAUAAUUGUUUAACCUCUUCUCACUGA